GAGAUAAGAGGGCGGUUUAAAAGGAACGGCAGACUUUGAGUUAGACACUCCUCUGCUGCAGAGUCGUCCAGUUUACCCUCACUCCCACCAUGACCUUCAACGGCACCUGGAAAAUUGAUCGCAAUGAUAACUAUGAGAAAUUCAUGGAACAAAUGGGAAUUAACAUGGUGAAGAGGAAGCUGGCUGCUCACGACAACCUCAAGAUAACCAUCGAACAGACUGGAGACAAGUUUCACGUCAAGGAGAGCAGUAAUUUCCGCAACCUGGAAAUAGAUUUCACCCUGGGGGUCAUCUUUGAGUACAGCCUUGCAGAUGGAACAGAACUAAAAGGCUCCUGGGACAUGGAGGGAGACAUGUUGAAGGGGGUUUUCAACAGAAAGGACAAUGGAAAAGUACUGACAACAACCAGAACUGUCCAAGGAGAUGAACUUAUACAGAGCUACAACUAUGAAGGUGUGGACGCAAAGAGGAUUUUCAAGAGGGGUUAGAUCCAACUGAUCACCAGAACUUUAAUGUGACAUGUUUGACUUCAGGAUUACUUACAGUAGUGUGUUGAAUUACCAACUAAUUAUACCAAUACAGCCUUUGAAAAGUGCGCAACUUGCCUGUACAGUGUAUGAAUCAGUUUUAAAUUGCACGGGAUUUUGAUACUUGCACUAAUAAAGCCAUACUGUGACUGCC